ACUCUCUGUUGUUAAUCAAAAAGUCUCAGAUCAUAAACUUCAUAAACUGCUGGAUCAGUGUUUUUGAUUUUCUACUGCAAAUAACUACAAAUCUGUAUUGUAUUUACAUAAAAAUGAAAUAUUGUCGAACUUGUGGAGAGCCACCUGGGGAUCAGAACCAGCUUUCCGAAGAUUUACAGGAAUAUUCCGAUAUAUUUUACAAUCUCACCUCCAUCAGACUUACACCAGAAGAAGAUCCUAAUGGCCAAAGAAUAUGUAAAAAUUGCCAUUCCAAACUGCUGGAGUACAAUGAUUUCCGAAGUACUUGUAUACAGGUGCACCACAGGCUGACUAACAUUAAAAAAGAAUUACAACCGGAGAAAACCCAAAAUGAAGAGUUAGCAGAGCAGCACCCAUUUGCAGAGAUAUUGAAAACAGAGUUGAUAGAAAAUAAUGCCGAGGUUGACAAAUGCGAUGAGCCUGCAGAGGUUAACGAAAGUGUGGAUUCGGACCAUGAAACUUACAUUUGUGAAAUGGUUUCGGCAUCAUCAUCAACGUCGGAAGAAAAAAGUGAUUCGGAGGAUGAAAAACCAAGAACAAGAACAAAGAAUUCGAAACAUCAACCCAAAAGCAAAAUUACGGUGUAUAGUUGUAACCUGUGCGACAAAAAGUUUCACACUGAAAUAAGAUACCAGGGUCACCUGAGAGUACACCAGGGUUUAAAGCCAGCUCUGUGCACGUACUGCGGGAAGGAUUUUAUGGAAUAUCGCAAUUUGAAGUUGCAUAUAGCACAGAAGCAUUCAAGCGAGAAGGUGAAAUAUCCGUGUGAUUUUGCCGGCUGUGGAUUGGCUUUCACUACCAAGCGAGGAAUGGUCGUUCACAAAAGAAGACACGAUCCAAACUAUGUUUUACAAAAAACCAAGCAGCGCUGUGUUUGUGAUCAAUGUGGGAAGAGCUUUUUUGAUAGUGCGACACUGAAGGUACAUAGUUAUACCCAUACUGGGAACAUGCCUUUCGAAUGUAAGAUUUGCAACAAACGAAUGCCCACAGCGCAAAAAUUAAAGGAGCACACAAUGAGACAUGAGGGAAUCAAGAACCACGUUUGUCCUCACUGUGGUUUGAAGAAGACUACACGAUACGAAUUGAAGGUUCACAUGAAUACGCACACAGGGGAGAAGCAGUACCCUUGUCGGUUUUGCGCGCAGUCCUUCAACUCAGUAGGCAACAUGAGUCGCCACGUCAAAAUUGUGCAUUGUGGAGUAAAGGCAUUUUCGUGCACUUAUUGCGAUCGUUCCUUCGGCAAAGCGGAAACGCUCAAGCACCACGUUAUGACCCAUACAGGUGAAAAACCACACGAAUGUAGCGUAUGCGGCAAAAGAUUUAUCCAAUCAGUAGCACUUCAAACGCACAUGAAGACUCACUGGAAGCACCAACAGUAGCGAGUUCUGAAUCAGCGUCAGCGAUGAAAUAAGGAGUGUAUCGAAAAGUAGUCUUAAACGUCUUGAACAUUUAACACGUUAUUACACAUAAACGGGCGAACUUUUUUUGUCGUGUUAUCAGAGCACGCUUUAUUUACAUGUCAAAAAUCGAAAUACAAGUAAUUUAAUCGCGGCCAUAAAGUUGUUUUCGAAAUAUCGCGGAUUGAUUUGGAAACUAAAAACAAUUGGUGCACCGAAAAGGGUGUUUUAAACCACAAAAUAGCAAAAAAAAUCAAAGUUCGUCCAGAAAGUGUUAAACGAAACGUCGUAAAGUUCGGUAAUGAGUGUUCUUUCGAGGAUCUCAGCAGAAGAGGACGAAAACCCGGACCAAGUAAUGCCGAAUUGGACCGAAAAGUUAUAAACUAUGUUCAGAAGAACAGGUCUGCAUCUAUUCCUGAUUUGGCCAAGAAGUUCAAAGCCAGUGUUGGGAUGAUUCAGCGGAUUAAACACAGACAAAACCUAUAAAAAGCAAAAGUGGUCAAAUAAACACCGGAACAGCAAGAACGCGCUAAAACACGUGCUAUAUGAGCGUAUUUCGAACAAUCCCAACCAGUGCAUUCUCAUGGAUGACGAAACAUACUCAAUUUUAUAUCAAAUCGAUUGGAGAGAAUGUGUCAUUAGCGGAUACGACAAAAGUGCUCGUUUGGCAAGCCAUUUGCACGUGUGGCAUGCGAUCGUCAACUUUUUUUCACAAAAGGGAAUAUAAAUGCUCAAAUUUAUGUGGAAGAAUGCUUGGAGAGAUUGCUUCCACCUUAUAGAAAGCACGAGGCUCCUACUCUAUUUUGGGCGGAUUUGGUAUCGACACAUUAUGCCCAAUCCACUUUACAAUGGUUUUCGGAAAACAAAAUCAUGUUCGUCGAAAAAGACCUCAACUAACUUAACAUUCCCCAGUUGCGACCAAUUGAACGCUUCUGGGCAAUUGUCAAGGCCAAGUUCAAGAAGAAAGGUACAGUGUCUACAAAUUUGUCAGAGUUCAAAAAGAAUUGGUUUGCAGCGUCCAGAAAGUGCACAAAGACUACUGUGCAGAAUUUGAUGAGUGGAGUGAAAUCUAAAGACGCGUCCACAUUUCGCCAUUUCAAUAAAAUUCACCUUUGUAAACACUUUCUGAACGUUUUCAGUUUUAUUUUGAUGUUUGAAAGUUUGAGACUACUUUUCGAUACACUUAUCGGAACGUUCCAUGGUUUUUUUUUUCGAUUUCUCCAUCAAUUUGAGAAUAUUUCAUUCAUCAUUUUUGGCGGCAUACAUUAAAACAAGAUCUCUCUAAUACCGUCUCUUGUAUGUUGUCUAUACGAUUUAUUGUUGAAUUUCAAUAUAGUUUUCCACUCAACACAAUUAUUUUAAACUCUUAACAUUCAAUAAUCAUGUUCGGAACUAUAUAGCGCACGAGUGCGUUUGUGUUUACAGAUCUGUUCUUCAACGAUAAAAAAGCGACGCAUGCCGUGGAAUGAAUGACAGAGGGGGUUUUUAAAAUACUAUGUAAACAUAAAACAAACAGAAGAGCGGAAGAAGUAAACGAAAACAGAAGGUUAAUCGUUCUAGUCGGAAAUUUGAAGGCAAGUCAGGUGGCAGGUGUCAGGUACUAGCAACAUCUCAAGUAUACUGCCGGAUUUACAAUCAUUUUCAAUUAGCGCGUUCUUCUUCAAUAACGAUUUUUAUUCGUCAACCAAUCAGAGCAAAGCGCGAAACCAUCCAUAACAGUGCGAAAAAGAUAGAACUCUCCAUGUUUUGGCUGCGAAAAUCGCCUUGCUUUGACAGGAGAUACCACAUACAUCGGACAGGUGGAACAUUAUAUGCUAGAUGGGUGGAACGAUAUAUCGAAAUAAAUGUUCAACUCUAUACAUAUGAAACACUUCAUCAAGUGAGAGCUGAGUUGUUCACCUACUGCAAGCGUAUUGCUGCAUAAUCAUAAUUACUUUCACACAUUUUUUGUUAACAUUCGAUUGAAUUUGUUAGUUUUUCAAUUAUCAAUUAUUUGGAAUUUUAUACUUGCAUUCACACAUCUAGCGAUAUGAUUUUGUUCCACCAAUCUAGUACCACCGUGUCCAUAACAAAUAAUGGCAGUAUGAUUAGAGGGAUGCAGGUUUGACAGACAUAUUAUGAUAAGGUACCUUGGUGGAAGAGACGUGGCAGAUGGGAUAAGAGACAGAAACCGAGAAGUUGGAUUAAAAGCUGCGAAAUAAGACAACAGUGAAAAGACGGAAAUUCACGGAGUUAAGCUCUACACAUAUCGAUGGCUUGGAAGCAAAUUUAUUUUUAGCUGUGCUUACUGUCCGAAAGGCCAACGAUUCUCAUGCCUCAGGAAAUCAAAACCGGAAGGCUCGUCGAAAAAUGUUGAUGGGUAUAAAGCGAAAGUUGAAUCUAUAUAAAACAUCCAUAACAUCCGCGGGAUCGGUUCAGUUUUCUGAUGGGAGCAAACAUGACUGUCCCGAGAGGGAAAUUCCGUCAAAGGAAAUCGGGAACAGCACCAUCAACAUCUCUAAUGAGAAACCUAUCGAAUCGACCGGUUCUGAUAGCUUAAUUCAAGCUCUGCGGCAAGAGGUAUCGUAGAGUUACAGAAAGCUUCAGGUUUGCCUUUCCCCUGGGUUUUAAUUAGGAAGAAAACCUAAUUGGAUUUACGCUGCAAUGAAUAUACAUUAAGCUGAAAUACAAUAGAAACAAACUUA